AUGUUGAAUCGAUUUAUGGAUAAUAAUUUUAUUAGAAAACUUAUACAAUAUAUAGUUAUUGAAGAUGAAAAAAAUGAAACGAAUUUUAAUAUACAUCGAUUUCGAAUGUUUAAUGAUCUUUUUCGAAAUUUUGAUUUAGAUUUAAUUGAUCAUUUUAUAGAACACUUAAAUAUUUUAAUUGAUGAAAAAACUAAAGAAAAAUACAAAGGUUAUUACCGCGAAGAUUUAGAUCCUCGUCGAAUGUAUUGUCUUAUUGAAUUUAUUCGUACAUUAAUAAAUAAUAAAACAACAGGUAAUACAUUUCUUGAAACAUCACGUUGGUUUUUAGUUUUAAAACGAACUAUUUUUGAAUGGCGUAUACCAACUCUAUGGUGUGCUAUUAAUGAAUAUGUCAAAGAAAUGCUUGACCAUCCAUAUAAAGCUGUUCGAGAAUAUAUUGCUAAUUUGCAUUGUGUUUUAUCAGUAUCACUUAGUUUCGACAUUAAACUGCCCAAUGGCCAAUCAACACAUCAUCCCGAUGCAAAUCGUUUUAUUGAUACUAUUCAUGAACGAUUACAUCAAGCGAUAGAAAUUUACGAAAGAAAGCCAUUAGGUUAA